UGUCUACGAGGGAGAUUGGGUGAUGGACAAAAGACAGGGACAUGGACAAGUAAAAUUUGCAGACACCUCUAUAUAUGACGGUCAAUUCAGAAAUGACCUGUUCAAUGGAGAAGGCACCAUGUACCAUUGCUCUGGCUUUGUUUAUGAAGGACUGUGGAUCAAUGGAGAACCAGCACAGCUGGCCACCAAGAUUGUGUUAGUUGGGACAGAGGAAGGGAACACAAUUGAGAUCACCCAGGGAGAGACAUUCGCCUUGCAGAUAGAAUGCAGGACUGAUGAGGGAGAGGUGGUGGAAGACCAAGGUCGAGAGCUGCAGGUGAUAGCUAGCAGGUGUGAGGUUCCAGCCUCCCAAGGAAAACACUCCAUCUGGAACCAGCAUUCUAGAAACUCUGGAAGAGAUGGAAGAGGCCACUGUGCCCACUCCAUUAGAAAGAGAAAAACUGGAAAAGAUUUUGGGCACAAAAUGGAUGAAGCGUGGAUUUGAUGUUGCAAGCUACCCAAUCACAGAACAGGAAGCGUCUCUGGUCAAAGACAUGGAGAGUGCUCUGUCCCUUCAAAAGUCCAACACCGCACUCACUGAGAACACCAUCAAUGAGCAGGAUGAGG